AUGUCCUUCUCCAGCGACGACCUCUCCGUCGCCCUCAACGCCCUCCGCCAAUCCGAGGUCGAACAGUCGCUCGAGGAACGCUUCAGCCAGGUCUACCCACCCUUCGACCCCAAGAUCCACCACCAGGCCGUCCUGCGCGACGAACUCGCCAAAGACACCCCCCUCCACGCGACCCCCUUCCUCCUCGCCUCGAAACCCAACGGCAACCACGCCCUCGUGCCUACCAUCGAGGUUACCGACGAGCACGGCCAAGACUGUGAUGUCGUGAUGGCCACGUCUCCCCCCAGUCCAUUCCACGAGAACACCACCGCUGCGCAUGAACCACCCACCCAGCCCGACGAGGAAACCUCGCAAGACGACAAUUUCCCGGGAGCUGCAUACAUGCACCCGGAGACCCGGGCCCGCGUCGCCUCCUGGGCUCAACAAACCGGCGCCAUGACCAUGCCGACGGUCCAGGUGGCCCCCGCGUCGCCGAUGGUCGAGCCGCGUGCAUAUGCGCAGAGCGUCGACCAGCUCGAGAUGGCGACCGAGCGUGUCGUGUCUGAUAGUGGAUCGGACGAUGGUAAAUGUAUUUUGCCUGAUGGGACUGUUGCGGCUGGGGACGAUGCUGGGGCGUCUGGUGAGAAUGGACGUCCGGCGCUGGCGCUGUUUAAACGUCGUCGUGAGGUUGACGAGGUGAAAGAGAACGAUGGUGGUGGUGGUAAUCGACGUCGGAGCGCGAGGAUUGCGGCGUUGCAGCAGCAGGGUCCUACGAUCUACCGGGUUUGA